AUGUUUGGAGAUGAUAAAGCUGCAGAAUUGUAUGAGAAAUUCAAAACAGACUUGUUCAAAGUUUUCAAUGCAUAUGAAUCUCAAAACAGCACUGCAGCUCCUGCUUUCUUUAGCAACUCUGUCGCUCACAUGGAUGUAAGAAGCUCAGGUGCAUCUAGCACAGAUUAUGCUAGUUUUGUGUUGGAAAAUGAUGAAGAUGAUGUUCAGAAAUCUGAGUUAGAGACAUACUUAGGAGAACCAAUUCUUCCUACUCUAACAGCUCAAGAUGAAAUGAACUUUGAUAUAUUGGUUUGGUGGAAGAUGAAUAGCUGUAAGUACCCAACUCUAGCAAACAUAGCAAGAGAUGUGUUGGCUAUGCCAGUGACCAGAACUCUAGCAAACAUAGCAAACAUACCCAACUCUAGCUGUAAGUACCCAACUCAUGCAGGUAAAUCUUCGUUUGAUCGUUUCUUUUCCUUUGCUUAG